AUGGAGGCGCUGAACGGGGCCGGCGAGGCGCUGCGACCGCCGCCCGCCCACCUCCACCCUCACGCCGAGAAGAAGCGGCCGCACCGCGCCCCGUCGCCCGCCAGACCCUUCCUCAAGGACCUGCACGCCCGCGCCGCCGCCAAGCCGCCGCCCGCGCCCCCCAAAUCCCCCGCGCUGUCCGGCCGCCCCCCGCCGCAGCCGCCCUCGCCGCAGCCCGGCGCCCACCCGCCGCCCGCGGGGCUGCUCUCCGCGCCGAGCCGCCUCUCCCGGCGCCCCGCCGCCCCCGGGGCCAAGGCCGCUCCCGCCGCCGUCGCCGGCAGAGCGGGAGUCAAGGCCGCCCCCUGCGCCAAGCGGGUGCCCCGUGGACCGGAGCCGGCUCCCUGCGGCCGCGGCGGGGGACGGCAGCCCGGCGGCGGCGAGGCGGCCCCGUCGCCCGGCAAGGGCAGGAAGGCGAAGCGGGGCGGCGCGGCGGGAGGAGGAGGCCAUGCGGCUGCGGCGGCGGCGCUGGCCCGCGUCGGGCACACGGACAGCAGCUCCGACCUCUCCGACUGCCCCUCCGAGCCGCUGUCCGACGAGCAGCGCCCGGCCCCGGCCGCCAGCAGCGACGCCGAGUCCGGCACCGGCUCCAGCGACCGCGAGCCGCCCCGCUCCGUCCACGUCCCCGGACGCGGAGCGCCGCUGCCGCUCCCCGGUCCUCGCGGGGAGCUCGCGGCCUCGGGCGCGGGGAGAGCGCCGAGCCGCGGGGAGCAGCGGGCGGUCCCGGAGGAGCUGCAGCGGGAGGUGGAGGAGCUGCGCUCGGAGAACGAGUACCUCAAGGAUGAGCUGGAUGAACUGCGAGCUGAAAUGGAAGAAAUGCGUGACAGUUAUUUGGAGGAAGAUGUUUACCAGUUGCAGGAGCUUCGGCGAGAGCUGGACCGGGCAAACAAGAAUUGCCGCAUUCUGCAAUAUCGUCUCAGGAAAGCAGAACAGAAAAGCCUGAAAGUUGCACAAACAGGCCAUGUGGAUGGAGAGCUCAUUAGGAGCUUGGAACAAGAUUUAAAGGUAGCCAAAGAUGUUUCUGUCAGACUGCACCAUGAGCUGGAGAGUGUGGAGGAGAAACGUGUUAAAGCAGAAGAUGAGAAUGAAGUCCUGCGGCAGCAAAUCAUCGAGGUGGAGGUAUCCAAGCAGACGCUGCAAAAUGAGCUGGACAAGCUAAAAGAGGUAAGCAAUAAUUGGGAAAACAGUGCAGAAGAAUAUUGGUAGCUAAGAUGGAAAAUUUGGCACACAGGACUAAUUCUUGCGUGACAUGCAUGCAGAUAUUGCUUGUGCAACUGUCUAAAAGGUCUCAUUCCCUUUGUUGCACAUCUCAGGUGUGUUGGUAAUUUACAAAUGGCAGAGGGGUAGGUGAGUGGUGUUGUGUGCCUUGUCCUGGGCUCUUCACAGGGUUUCUGUCUCGUUUUGAAACCAGCUUCUGUCAGCCUCUUUCUAUUGGAGCAAAGCUGCCUUUGAUUUGCGGCCAGCGAUCUGAUUCCCCUUUACCCAGACCAGGACUUCCACCUAUUUUAGAGUCAAAUGAAGUGUGUGUGACUCAUCCCUGAGAGGUUAACUUGGAUAGGCAAGCUGCCGCCUUGGCUGCUGCUCUUCAGUGGUGACAGUGGGAGCCACCAGCAUGAGUUAGGCAGCAGGAAUGUGGUCUGUAAUGUAUAAAUAACAUUGCACUUCGGGCACAGAAACACUGUCUGUUGAGAAGAGGGAUCAUCUCAAUUGGAGCUGACAUGUAGUCGUACUGGGUGAAGUGAUGAUCCUUGGAAGCAAGUGAGCUAGGAGCAGGGGACAGUAAAGGAGAGCCAAAUACUAAAUGUGUCCAUAUCCCGGCCUGUAGCAGUAUUCCUGCUCUCUUGUUCAUGCAGCAGAUUGGCAGCUCUCAGCCGCUGCUCAGUUCUAAACCAGAUUGAGAUAGAACAUUCAAACUUAAUGAGGUAAGGCAUUUAUCCUCUGAGCCCUGGUCAGAUUUAGAGAGCUGGUGCAAUUAUGUGUUAUUUUAAUCUUUCAAACAAUGCUUACAAGUCAACUGGCACAAAGCCCGUUUCAGUUUCCUAAGGACAAACUCUAUAUUAUUUCUCUGUGUGUUUUGAGUUCCGAGGAUGAGGCAGUCCAGAACAAGAGUUUUGAAGCAUUUUGUACGUAAUGGAGAGAUUAUCAGCAGUUGUAAACAUCAGCAUUGCUAUGAUAGCAUCUGCUAAGGAGGACAAAAGGAAAGACUGGGUGAUAUUUUCUUUUCUUCUUUCUCAAGGUUGUUUGUGAAUGCUGUGCUUAAUGGACAUGAUGGCAUGUUACAGGGUACUCAGUGUAUAUUUCACACAAAAAUACCACGUCACUGCAAUACCUAAUGCCAUUUGUUGUUGAUUAACUCACAGUUUGCUAGGUAUUGCUAGACGGUCUUCAGGAUUAUAAACAGCUUGAAGAAACUAGGUUGUGAAUUGUGGAUUCUCAAACUUAACUCUAACCAGGCUGAAUUUACUCUGCUCCUUACAUGGCUAAGCUGAGCAGGGAAGCUCAAAAAACUCAGCUGUCUUCUGCUAUGCAAGUAGAAGUGAGAUACCCUCACUUUGGAAGCAGAAUUGCCCCCACUUAGGGGCAAAGACUAGUAGAGAACUAGGAAAAGAGGAGUGGUGCAAUGAUGGGAUAUAUACAUUCUGAUCUGGGCACAUAGUAAGGCAUAAGGUGUAGUAGUCACAGUGGGUGGUUUUUCAUGCUAUGACUGGUGUUAUAUCUGGAAGGCAGAAAAAAUGUCACAAGGUCACCGUGGGUUAGAAUAGGGAGGUUUAAAUCCUCCAUGGGUCACAUGAGGACAGAUGAGCCAGAAGUUUGAAAACACAGUGAUAUUUGUGCCAUUAGAGUGUUUGCAAAGUA